UGACGUCAGUUCCCUCGUUCACAGAGAGCGAAACAAACAUGGCGAUAGAUUCAAGUGGACGGGGGUUUACGCUAACUUUAUUCAUCUUUUCUUGUGUUUAUGUGAGCAAGGUGGCCGAGGCGGCGGCUUCGGAGUCAAGGGGCAACACUCGGAUACUCGGCAUGAGGCUGGAGAACAGCGACACGCCGGCCGAGACUACCGAAAGAGGGGUUAUUCAGGUGACCGAGGGCAGCAACGCCGUCUUCAGGUUCUACGGGCUCCACUUGUUCUCAGACAGCUGGAAGCUCGUCGGGUUUAUGGAACUUUACUCCAGUGAUAAAGAGGAUGAUACGUUCGGCGCAAUCAUGGUUCCCUUAAACAGGACUUGUUCUGAACUCACUAAGGAUGUUGUGGUGUCGGCGUCUAUGGAGGUAAGCAGGCAAAACACCUCCGGACUGGUCAACCUCAAGAUCAAGCAGCUCCGAAAAAGCGAGGUGGUGAAGGUGUUCGGCUUAUGCGUCCGUGACAAGGAGGACAAGGAGUCAACGUGGUACCUGCUGGACGACAUAGACGGCAGACUGCGGGUAGUAGAGGAGAAGAAGUCCCUGCUGCCCAUCUGGCUGCAGGUGAUCCUCAUCUCCUUCCUGCUUGUGCUGUCCGGUAUGUUCAGCGGGCUCAACCUGGGGCUGAUGGCGCUGGACCCGAUGGAGCUCCGCAUCGUGCAGAGCUGUGGUACCGAGAAGGAGAAGAAAUACGCACGAAAGAUCGAGCCCAUCCGUAGGAAAGGCAACUACUUGCUGUGUUCGCUGCUCCUCGGAAACGUCCUGGUGAACACCACCCUCACCAUCCUCCUGGACGACCUCACUAAGUCCGGGAUCGGCGCUGUGGUUGCCUCCACAGUCGGCAUCGUUAUUUUUGGUGAGAUCGUCCCACAGGCGCUGUGCUCCCGGCACGGUCUGGCUGUUGGGGCAAACACCAUCCUUGUCACCAAGUUGUUCAUGUUGUUAACUUUCCCUCUGUCGUGGCCCAUCAGCAAGAUUCUCGACUGCGUCCUGGGACAGGAGAUCGGCACUGUGUACAACCGGGAGAAGUUGGUGGAGAUGCUGAAAGUCACAGAACCAUACAAUGACUUGGUGAAAGAGGAGCUCAAUAUGAUCCAAGGCGCGCUGGAGCUCAGGACCAAAACAGUGGAGGAUGUGAUGACUCCGAUCGGCAACUGCUUCAUGAUCCACAGCGACGCAGUUUUGGACUUUAACACCAUGUCCGAGAUCAUGGAGAGCGGUUACACCAGAAUACCUGUGUAUGAGGACGAGCGGUCCAACAUUGUGGACAUCCUAUUUGUCAAAGACCUGGCCUUCGUUGACCCGGACGACUCCACCACACUCAAGACAAUCACCAAGUUCUACAACCAUCCGGUCCACUUUGUCUUCCAUGACACCAAGCUGGACUCCAUGCUGGAGGAGUUCAAGAAAGGAAAAUCCCACCUGGCCAUUGUCCAGAAGGUGAACAACGAGGGGGAGGGAGAUCCUUUCUACGAGGUACUGGGCUUGGUCACCCUUGAGGAUGUGAUCGAGGAGAUUAUAAAAUCAGAGAUUCUGGAUGAAUCAGACCUUUACACUGACAAUCGAACCAGGAAAAAAGUGGCCCCCAAUAAGAAUAAGAGAGACUUUUCUGCCUUCAAACAUGAGAGUGAAUCAAAAGUGAAGGUCUCUCCCCAGCUGCUGCUGGCUGCCCAUCGCUUCCUGGCUACAGAGGUGAGCUUGUUCAACCCGUCUCAGAUCUCAGACAAGGUGCUGCUGCGAAUCCUGCGCCACCCCGAUGUGAUCCAGGAGAUCAAGUUUAACGAAAAUGACAAGCGCUCGUCCCGUCACUACGUCUACCAGAGGGGCAAACCCGUCGACUACUUUGUCCUCAUCCUGCAGGGACGAGUGGAAGUGGAGGCCGGCAACGAGAACAUGAAGUUUGAGACCGGACCGUUCUCUUUCUAUGGAGUCAUGGCGCUUAGUGCUCCCUCACUGGAGUUUCGUUCGCCAUCCCACCUCAGCGGGUUGAACCGUACGGCCUCGCUGAGCGGAGCCGACCGGACGGAGUCGCUCUCCAUCAGCGGCAGCAGCAGCCAGCUUAACAACAGCAUCCCCCUGCAGCAGUACACGCCUGACUUCUACGUCCGGGCUCUCACCGACCUGCAGUUUGUCAAGAUCACACGGGCCCAAUACCAGAACGGCCUGAUGGCGUCUCGUCUGGACAGCACGCCCCAGUCCCCGGAGAGCGGCCACAACAUGGCUCGCCUGGAUCAGACCACUCCCUCCACCAUGGCCACCAUCACAGACCAGGGAGUGGACUCCACCCCUAUGGAGAACGGACCGGAUGAGACGACGCUUCUCCUCAUCAAUGAGCACAACUCACCCCACACAGUCAACAACAGCCAGUUGGAAAACAGCAUUUGACCUCCACCUGCCCCACCCGACCCACCUGCCCUCCAUACUCCUACUUUGGCACGCAUGCACUACUACGCUUGAAUGUAUGCUGAGGAGGGGAGGAGCGUGUGUGUCUGUGUGUGUGAGUGAGGACUGUGUGUUUGCACAUGCUCCAUAGUGUAUUACUGUAACUAACGACAAAGAUCUGAAGGACCUGCUUGUCUGGACCAGGAAGCUCCUCCCUCUCUCGCCCUUCGUCAGUAUCGGCGUUCAGAGGCGAGUUUCUCCCUCUGUGUGUGCGCAUGUGUGUUUUUAAAUGUGUGCGAGUGUUGCUUCCAUGUCACUGUCCUGAAUCAGAGACUCAGGGAGACUCCACCCUCCCCUCCCUCCCCCCUUCGCCUCCCCCUUCGCCGAAGUACUUACAUGCAAAAGUGGGCAAAAAGCCGCAAACCAUCCCACCGCCGCAUGUGUAGCAACCUGCACCCCCCCCCCCCCCUUUCGCCAUCCAUACAGCUAGAAGACAAAGACGACCCGAGCAUGUCAGCAGAGUUCAAACAAAGUAAUAUAUGUUCCGUAGAAAUUUAUAGUGAGAUAUUUAUUGAUGAAUUCAGUGUGAGACGGACACACAAGACUCCUACUGACUCUUUUUGUGGGGAGAGGGUUCGGGGUGGAUUUCUAUUUAUAUCUAUAUUUUUUCCUCCUUGUUUCCUUGAUAGAAGCAGUAAGUAGCCUGGAGCCUUUAUCCCAGAGUUGUUAAGAGAUUUAGCAGCGAUAGACAGCCAGUCUGUAUCGUGAUUAAGACAAUCAAUAUGAUUAUUAUGAAUGUGUUUAGUUGAACGUGUAGGGUACGUUAACUGUAGCCACCGUGCUCUCAAACAGCCUCCUCUCUGUGAAAUCUCUCGGUUUCUUCCCCUCGACUUUUCACCGGCGACCAGACCCGAAUCUUCACAUGGAUCAGGUUUUCACAAAGGCGGAAGAUGUUUGAGAGCGCUGACAUGUGGCGAGUCCUUUCAUGCUUUAUAAGUGAGGGUGAGUUAUCUGUGUGUUUGUGUGUGUAUGCGACCAAAAUGGCCAUCACCAGACUUGGUGAAAACACAACAACCAAAAGAGGGAAGCUUGAUCACAUUCUGACUAGAAAAUACUUUUAGAAGUCUGAGACAUUAUUUAUUGAGUUCGGUGUGUGUGUGUGUGUGUGUGUGUGUGAGAGAGAGAGAGAGACUUUUGCCCAAUUGCAAGAUUUUACAUGUUCAAUGUUCCUUUGCAUUCAGUGGUUAUGUUUGGGCGUCCUGCUGUUUGCAACAGCAAACCUUAACAUUAAUUGUUGUUUGUAUUUCUGCAGCCAAAUACACCACUCAGGCCUGGCAUCAUCCAACUUUGGUCAGUUUUAUGGGGGAAAAAAAUGUGUUUAUUCUCCGAUUAUCACGAAUCACACACUCCAGUUACGUUUUACUGUACCUUCUGAGGAGCUUUUAAAGGAAACCUCUUGUGAUGAAUUGUUUUUUGAUUUUUGUGCUACAAACAUGAAAAGUAAAUCACACAUCAGCUUUUGGUUUUAAAACCAAAGACAAAGUGCUGUUUUCUAGGCUUGUUAUAUCUGCGAUGGUGUUCAGCAUUCUCACAGCAAGACAUCCAUGGUGGAGACUGAUUUCCAAAGUAACAUCUAUAUGAACCAAAAUGGACUUUUUCCUGUUGUCUUUGCUGUCAGUAUCACAACAUGUUUUUUUUUCCACUUAAUGCACAUAAAUCACAGGUGAAUCCAGCGGGUUCCCAUCUGCUCUCUAAAUGUUGCGAAAAGGAAUUCUGGGAAACGUAGGACAUCAAAUUGAAGGGAUGUUGGUACACUAAAAACAAGAUUUCUGCACUCAUGUCAUUCAAAAGGCACAGAUCAUCACAAAUUGCAAAUUUUCUGAGUGGGUGAAGGUGGGUUGCUGCUUUCUUGAGCAUCACAUUGUCAAACAUUUUUUUUUUGUUUUAGUAAUGUGAAAAACACUGACAUGUUUUCACAUUACUAAAACAAACAAACAAAAAAAACCGACUUCUGUCAGGAAACGGGCAAGUUCAAGUAAAAGUACUGAAGAUCUAUUUUCUUUGACCUUAAACAUCCGGUCAUGUGGUGGUCAUCAUCCAUUCUUCAGCAGAAACUCAUGUCUCAUGUCCUUAAAGAGGAAUUGUGAAGCACUUUUAUUUCAGUUAUUACAGUCAAUCUGAAAUCAAAGCUAAAGAAAACGUUUUCAUUUCUGUUUUCAUAUGAAUUUGGAAUGACUUGUUGUUUUGAGGAACCUCAUUUUGUGGUUUUCUUACUUACUUUACUCCAACGCAGAAAUGUCAAAAAUAUUUGGAGGAAAAAAACCAAAAUUUACUCACUGUUCUUUUGAGUCAGUAAAUUUGCUGUUGCAGCAGAUGAUUCGUAUUUUUUAUGUUUUCAGUUUCACUUUAAUUUAUGUAACUUUUGGCUUGAGAUUUUUGCCUGUCAAAUGAACACUUAAAUAGCUUCUGAAGCAGGUAGACGGUAUCCCGAAUUUUGUUUUGUUCAAUAACUGGUAGAAAUGUUUAAUUGUCUCUUGAUAUCGCGAGACUGAGCAUAUGAACACAUUCUGCCCAAAACACAACAUUAGAGUAAGCUGCUUUAAAGGCCCGAGCUGGUGUUUUGUCCUUAAACAGUUUGCCAAAUGAUUUAUCUACAGGUUGGUUAGUGAGUUAAUAUGGAAAUGUUAUGAUAUUGUACACAGUUUAUUAAGCCGUCUGUUUAUUUAAGCUAAACUUUGAAGGCUGUUAUGGAGUUGAUGAGACUCUCUAAACUUGUUUCACACCACAGUCACCCACGCUGCCUUAGAAACACUUCAGUUUGUGUCCGGUUUGUCCUUUAACAAAUGGUGGUCAUGUCCAAGUCAUAAUUUUUUUUAACUGGAAAAUGUUAAUAAUUACACUAAUCAUACUUCAGUGAGAAGUUUGACGACACUAAAAUCACAGCAGACUGGGUUUUUUAGUCAUGUUACUGGUUGAGUUAAAACUCAAUGAACGAAGCCAAAGGCAGCACAUUUGCUACAUUUGCUCAGGUUGUCAGUUUACCAGCACAGAAGGCACAAAAUAGUAAAAAUCCAGUCCACAUAUCAAUCAAAAAUAAAAUGCUGGAUGUGGAUUCGUGGAAAUGUGGAUUUCAUGAUAGUUAGGCUGUUUUCUUAACAUAUUGUACCAGAGUGAUGUUUGGGUUUGGGUUUUAUGACAGAAUAAAACCAAACAUCAUAUUGCUCACAGUGUUGGCUUGACUGGAACAUCAGCUAAACUGGUUCACUGAGAUUGUGAGAUAUUCAGUUUAUUUUUAGGAAGGUUUUUGUUUGUUUGUUUGUUUGUUUUUUCAUUUUUGAAAAGCAACAACCUUUAAAUAUAUUCACAUAUAUCAGCUAAUCUGGAUAGUAAAGAUUGAGCACCUCAUGUCGAGAUAAAAGAACAUUUAUGUUGUCUGCAUUCAUAGACUGCACCUCCUUUGCCUGCACACAGCGAUCACGACACAAAUCUCAAGUGAAAAAAUAUCUUUCAUCAGUUAUUUUAAUGAAUUCAUAUUUUUUAAAAUAUGUUAUUCAGCAGUAAGUUGUUUCUUCAGAUGUAUUUUUGUGAUCUUGUUCACGUCCAUGGUCUUCCACCGGCUGGAGCCGGUCUGAGCAAACGUUGCAUCAUUUGGAUGUGAAUCUCAUGAAAAUACCUUUGAAGAAACAACUCACUGCGGGUUUGGAUUUCUGAGGUCACGCCUGGGUUUGUUGAAUUGGAUAACAAUCAUGAGAUGUGUUGUGAAAUGCUGACAGAAUAGAGAGAGAAGAAAAAAAAUGUUGAAAUUUUACUUUUUGGUUCAGUUGUAGAGAUUAUCUUAAGCAUGGACAGAAAACUCCAUCAGCAUGUUAAAUCUUUUGAGAAUGACUGUGGGAUUUUCUCCUUUAUUUUACAAAGUCAAAGCUAGGGACAGGCUUACAUAUUGAAAAGUUAUUUUGAAAGGUACACCACCCACUGAUGUUUAACUCAACCAGAGCAGCUCUGCUUCAGUCAAAUGUUCCUCUUUGAGUCUUUUAGAGCUCCUCACUCCUUUCCAUUUUUUUGAUUUGAAGAGAAUUCAAACAGCCCAGCCUUUAGUAAAGGAAAGCAGUAUUUUCCCAAAAGUCAUAAAUUUGCCAGAGUUGCUGGCUCAGGGGCACUAUUGCAAUACAGUCACUGACCAGGAUUUCAUUACCAUUUCUUUCAACUUCGACUCCUUAACAUGACACUGCUUUUUGUUUAAGCAGUGGGGAAAAAAACACAGAUGUCAGGUCUUCUCAGAAACAAAAAUUGAAGGAACUCACUUGUUCUGUCACCAUCUUGUAAUGAUAUCAUAAUGGCUCAAUGUUUUUUUUCUUUGUGCUCAUUCCUGAAUUAUUUUUGACAAACAGACAUACUCUCCAAUUUCAAAGGACUGUUUUUGUUCAUUUCGUAGAUUUUUAUGGCUGAGAUUGAUGUUAAAAUGUUUUUGUUUUGUUCAUGUGCGUGCCUGUUUUAAAUUGCGCUGGAUUGGUUGCAUUAUGUGUGUGUGUAUGUGUGUGUGUGUGUUAUUUUUUUUGUACCUCAGAUCACUGUAUGUAAUUAUGGUAAACAACAAUCUUUUUUUUAUUAUUUGUCAUUGAAUUAAUAACAAUUUAAUUAGAGAACCGAGCGACUGGCAUUGGGGGAAGAAAUAAACGGAUUGUCUUUUAUUCUCUCUGGCAUGCUGUAACUUAGAAAAACAACAACAGAGAAACAAGGUGUAAAUACUGUUUUAUAAUUUCUGUCUUAAUGAGUUUUGAAGAUGAAGAAAGUUAUUAAUAAACCUGAGAUAUAUUUCUCUAUGGACCUUU